GAAUGUAUGGGGCCCAAUAUAUUCCACGACUCUUCUCUUUCCGAACAAACUCUACACGAGAUAAUUCAAAGUUUGUACGGAACCCUCGGUACGCGAGUAAAACAAAUUCGCACUUGACCGGUUUUUUUUACAAUGGCAGCACAUGAAUAAAUAAAUGUCAAUGUCAAGUUUAGUUUAAAUCAUGUUUAAAAGCGUCGUGCGGCCCUGCCCUGUCUGUAUUUUAUUUGCGGUAUUUUAAUUUAAUGGUGGUAUAGUAUAGGCUAUUAUUUACAAAAAAAAUAAUUAGAUAUGAUAUUUGUUAUCAGUUGCUAUCUUACUUAUCCAGCGUUAAUCCGCUGUAUCGAUAUUUUUAUCGGAAUCUGUCUAUAAAAGUAAGUUUAUUAGUGUUAGUUAAUUUACUCGGUUAGGUUAGUUCACGUCUGUCCACUGGCCGAAGUAUAUUAAAUAAAGGAAAAUGGCUGUGUCUAUACACAAUAAUAUAGUUUACGGGCCGGAGGAACGUCAAAUUCCAGCCCACUUGUCGUACCCACAGUUUUUAUUUGACCAGCUAAAGAAGGGUGAAGAUAAAGUAGCAAUAUUAUGCGGAGAGACUGGGAACUCUGUGACAUACAAGGAUAUCUUACAACAAAGUGUGAACCUAGCGGUUUCACUGCAGAAACUUGGUCUGAAGAAGGGAGAGGUGGUUGCCCUGUGCAGUGAGAACCGGUUUGAAUUUCCAGUGGCUGCCCUCGCUACUAUGUACUGUGGUGCUGUGCUGUGCACACUUAAUGUCACUUAUUCUCCAGGUGAAAUAACUCACAUUCUAAAAAUUACGAAACCGAAGAUAAUAUUUACUUCACCAAUCACGGCUCAGAACAUGCAAGACUGCAGUGAAGGAUCCUCCGUGGAGAAAAUAGUGCUCUUUGGAGAUUAUGAUGUUAUCCCGGGCCUUAUGUUCAAAGACCUUGUCAAAGAGCAAGCUAGUGUGGAGAACUUUGAGUUGGCGGAUGUCAGUGGUAAUGACACACUGGCUGUUAUGUGUUCAUCUGGAACCACGGGAUUGCCCAAAGGAGUCAUGCUUACACAUAUAAAUUUCCUGACCUUGUCACAGCAUAUGAAAUAUUAUGUGGAUACAUCAACAGAGUCAAACAAUAUUAAAAUAAAGAACUUCUUAGCUUUAAUACCUUGGUUCCACGCCUAUGGCUUCAUUACAACUUUCAGUGUGUUGUCAUUCCAUCUUGAAAUAGUGUUCCUGACCCGCUUUGAAGAUAAGUUGUUUUUGGAAACUAUACAAAAUUAUAAGGUAAACAUGAUGACGCUAGUGCCGCCACUGGCAGUGUUCCUGGCGAAGCACCCGCUGGUCCUCAAGUACAACUUGAAGUCUGUCAACGAAGUCUGGUGCGGCGCGGCGCCGCUCUCAGCAGAAAUACAAAAUGCUGUGUCACAGAGGUUAGGCAUAAACUUCAUCCGGCAGGGCUACGGUCUGACGGAGGUGACGAUGGCGUGCUGCGUCGACCUCUCCACCAAACGCCGGCUUGGCUCCUGCGGGACUCCGGCCCCGGGCAUGAAGAUUAAGGUCAUAGACAUCGAAACCGGCAAAAGGAAGGGUGUGGGCGAAGAAGGCGAGCUAUGGAUCAAGUCGCCCCUCCGCAUGAAGGGCUACAUGGGCGACCCGGCGGCCAGCGAGGCGCUGUUCGACCAGGAGGGCUACGUGCGCACGGGCGACAUCGGCUACUACGACCAGGAGGGUGCCUUCUAUAUCGUCGAUAGGCUUAAGGAGCUAAUCAAGUACAACGGCUUUCAGGUGGCCCCAGCCGAGCUAGAAGCCCUGCUGCUGCAGCACCCGGGCGUAGCUGAAGCCGGCGUGGUGGGCGCACCUCAUGAGAGCGCGGGCGAACUACCCACCGCUUUCGUGGUGCGCCAGGCCGGCGCCGCCGUCACCGAGCGGGAGUUGCAGGAUCACGUGGCCAGCAAGGAUGCGCUGAUCUUGGGCAUCAAUGGUGAAUGUCGAGGAAUCGAGUUGACUAAUAUCACUGUCAAUAACGACGUAGUGACAUUCAAAAUGCCUGACACCAAAACUAAGACUGCCAAAUCAUUUGUGAUUCGGGAUGAAGUUAUGAAUAUUAAUAAAAACAACCUAAAAAAUAUUGUUUUUCACCAACAACAUCAAUCACUUCACACAGAUCUACAGCCAGGCUCCCGUGACCCUCCAGUUAACAUUGAGCAUUGUAGUUCUGAGAAAAUCAAAAUUGAUACCCAUCCAAAAUCUCCUAGCAUACUGUCAUGUGCGCAUUAUCUUUCUUAUAUUUUCAUUAUAUUAUCAUUAUCAACCACCAUUGUACACUGCAGCCAGAUCGGAGAUUGGCCACAGUCCGCACUUGGUGCAUCAAAAUCUCAGCCCAUACAGCAAUUAAAAACUGUUACGAUAACCAAUAGCCCUAAUAUGUCAAAUGUUACAUUUACUGACAAUGAUGGAUCUAGUGGAACAAGAACACUAACAAUAAGCGAUUGUCCUAAUAUGUCAAAUGUUAAUUUUCAAUACAAUGAUCAACCUGGUGGAACAAUAACAGUUACACUAACCAAUUGCGCUGAUAUGUCAAACGUUGCAUUUAUUUUCAAUGCUGGAACUGGUUCAACAAUAACAGCUACACUUACCAAUUGCCCUAAUAUGUCAAAUGUAACAUUUAUUUUCAAUGCUUCACCUGGUGGAACAAUAACAGUUACAUUAACCGAUCGCCCUAAUAUGUCAAACGCUACAUAUAUUUAUAACUAAAUUUAUCACAAACAUGUAACUUUCCUGGCUCGCCCUUAGUAUAUUAUACAACGCAUAUGUUCGAUGCCGACUUGAAUCUAACGCGACUAUAUAGAGCCCCCAUGAACACCAGUACAGUUAUGUUAGAGAGGGUGCAAAAAUCAUUCGUACGCUUCCUUUUCCGUAAACUCUAUGGGUAAAUAUCUGGGGUUGAUAUCGAGUCUAUUUCGGGAAUUUACCCGGGAUUUACCAUUUCUACCCGAAUGAGUGGGCUUAAAUAAAAAUUGAAAAAAAUGUUACAAAUUAAAUUAAGAUAAUGUAAAAAAUAUUAUUAAAUGUAAUAAUAGAUGUAGAUAUAAAUAGAUGUAAUAAUAUUUGUACACAAGUAAAAUUGACUAAGGAAUUCGUCAAAUGUUUAAUAUACAUAUUAGGUACUGUCGAAUAGCAUUUCAUGGCACAUGAAAAUUCUCAGGCGUAAAAGUUACAAUAUUAAAGGAAUUACAUUAACAAAAUACGAUAAUAAUAAUAUAAAGUAAAAAAAUUACAAUAGUACAAUUAAUAAAAAUAUAUACAAUAUGUAACAUAACGCAAAGCAAUUACUCAAACCCAUUAACGUUUAGGUCAUACCGAGCAACUUUUACUAUAACCAAUCACGAAAUCCCGAAAAUAAAUAUGGCUAUUUCAUAAAUUUUUCUGUAGGUCAAAGAUGGUCGGCUCUUUAUCAAUUGUCAUCGUGCCUGGUACGUUCUAACUAGUUUGUAAGCGUGAAAGUGACGACCAUAGUGAUAAAAAUGGAACCAUGCUGGUACUGCUUUUCGCGAUUUCGGGGAUGGUCCUACACUAAAAGUUGCUAAUAAGUAGUAGAAGCAGUGUUAGUUAGUAGUUAAUAAGUAUAAAAUUAUUAAAAUUAACGAAUAAAAAAUAUAACAACAAAAAAUAAUAAUAUAAAAAAUGCCUAUAUAAGGUUAAUAACAAAGAGAAAAACAGUAUAAAUGAAUAUAGCUUAAAUUAACAUUCAUAGCCCAUAAAACAAUAUACGAUAAAGACCUAAACAAGUGGGUUUGAGUAAUUUUGUAAUUACAAUAACAAUAUAUUGGAAAGCGAUUGAGGGAGGCAACGGGAGACCCUCGCGCAGGCAGUUUUCUCGCGCAAAGGCUUGCCGUCGCGAUACAGCGCGGGAAUGCUGCCUGCGUGAUGGGCACCCUGCCAAGAGGCCAGGGUCUGUUUUAGGUAUCUUUAUUUUUUCUAGGUAGGUUUAGUUUUAGUAGUUUUAUUUUAUAAGUAGUCAUAAUUUAAUUUUAUUCAAAAUGUAUCCUUUUUUCAUCAUAAAUAAAGUAAUAUUUGUGUUAAUAACAAUAUAGGAUAUUAAAAAAUAAUUAUCAUAAAACAAAAAAAGUAAUAAUAAAAAUGAAAUAAAAAUUAAACAAUAAAAAAUAUAAAAAAGAGAACAAAUAAUAACAAAAAAAAUUGAAUGCCUAAUAUUAGGUAAAUAAUAUACAAAUUAAGAAAGAGAUUUAUUUUAAAUUAAAAUAGCUUAAAUUAACAUUCAUAGCCCUUAAAACAAAAUACGAAAAUGACCUAAACAUUGACGGGUUUUAGUAAUUGUUUUACGUUCAGUUACAUUCUGUAUAAUUCAUAUAUAUAACUAAAAAAUAGUAAGAUUAAAAAUGAAAUAAAAAUUUAAGCAUAAAAAAUAUAAAAACAAAAAAUAAUAAUAUAAAAAUGGAAUUAACAUUCAUAUUAUCCCAUAAAACAAAAUACGUUAAUGUAAAUAAAAGUAGAGUCAUAUAAUUAUAAUUAUAAAAUAAAUAGUAUAAAAUAAAAAUAAUUAAAACCCAACCAAUAAUAUUAAAAAAAUACAAUACAAUGCUCUUUAUUGCACACCUCAUAUAGUUUACAAUAAAUGUACGGAAACAUAAACAAAGACAGCGGUCUUAUCGCUUAAGAGCGAUCUCUUCCAGACAACCUUUGCAACCUACCUAUAUUAAAUAAUAAAUUAAUUAAAAUUUUGCAAUUACAAUAACAAACACGACAAUAAAGGGGUAAUUAGUCUUCUUCUUCCUCUUCCUCACGUUGUCCCGGCAUUUUGCCACGGCUCAUGGGAGCCUAAUAGGGUCCGCUUGACAACUAAUCCCAAGAUUUGGCGAAGGCACUAGUUUUUACGAAAGCGACUGCCAUCUGACCUUCCAACCCAGAGGGUAAACUAGGCCUUGUUGGGAUUAGUCCGGUUUCCUCACGAUGUUUUCCUUCACCGAAAAGCGAGUGGUAAUAUCAAAUGAUAUUUCGUACAUAAGUUCCGAAAAACUCAUUGGUACGAGCCGGGGUUUGAACCCGCGACCUCCGGAUUGCAAGUUGCACGCUCUUACCGCUAGGCCACCAGCGCUUCUCUAUAUAAAAUAAUUACUUUACUUUUUUACAAAUUGACAAAAAAAAAUUGGUAAUAUAGCUUAAAUUAACAUUCAUGAGCCAUAAAACAGUGAACAAAAUUCACCCGUUUUAAGUACAUACAUAUAUUGUGUCUAAAACUGUCGUGUAAUUAAUUGGCAUUCCUACUAUUAUUUAAACUUAUUUCGUAUUUAUACGUUGUAAGAAUGUCCUACCUAUCAUAUUUAUUUAUUUAUCUAAUUUAUAUAUGUGUAUCUUCGAUUCUUCGAACUAAUUUUUAUACACAUCAAUUUGGGUAGAUAAGGGUAAAUAUCGGGUAGAUUUUUUUUUAAGAUAGAGGAGGCAAACGAGCAGACGGAUCACCUGAUGGUAAGCGAUUACCGCCGCCCAUGGACACCUGCAACACCAGAGGGGUUGUUAGUGCGUUGCCGAUUGGAUAGUUUCGGGUAUUUUCCCGGUAAUUACCCGCUGGCGCCUACCUCUAUCUAUGGGUACUAUUCAUAUCGUUAUCUUAAUCUUUAUAAACGGUGUAACAUGAGGAAACCGAAAGAUUUGAACAGUGAUCCUGAUCACAUUUAGAGACAAAAAUGUCAUAUAAAAGUUUUUCUAUCUCCGGCAUAGAACUCCGUCCCCGUCGACAAACUCUAUUUGCUGUCCCGGCGGCACGAACUUAAUUGCUGUAUCUCAGUCUCCACUGCACUUAAAUAACUAUUCAUUGGCGUUUUUACAAAAUCUUUAUUACAUAUUAUACAUACUAGUGUGAUCACUUUUCAACCUUUUUGCAGGAUGCGUUGAUCUUGGGCGUCAAUGGUGAAUGUAGAGGAAUCGAGUUGACUAAUAUCACUAUUAACAGACACAUAGUGACAUUCAAAAUGCGAGACACCAGUACUAAGACUGCCAAAUCAUUUGUGAUUCGGGAUGAAAUCAUAAAUAUUUUUAAAAACAACCCAAAAAAUAUUGAAGAAUAAGAAUAAGAAUAAGAAACCAUUUAUUGCCACACAAAAUACAAUGUUUCACUUAAAAAUAAUAAUAAUAGGCAUGCGCGGCAAAAGGAACGGACUCAGCGUACGCUGCGUCAGCCAUUUUAUUACAAAUUGAUUGCGCAGCGCUGAUUUUCAGUCCGUCCCCUUCACUGAACCACAUUGAUAUGACAUGCGGGUUAAUGGAUUUUUUGUUUUAUUACCAGAGAUAGCUAGUGUAUACAAUUAUAGUACGAAAAAAAUAAAGAUUUUUUUUAUUACAAGUGAAAAUUUAAUAUUGUUUGGGCAGCUAACACUAUCAUAACAGCCAAGUCUCAUGAAGAUGUACACCACGCCUUAUCAACAUCACACAGGCAACAUCAGUCACUUCACACAAAUCUACAGCCAGUAGACGCCCGUGACCCUCCAGUUAACAUUGAGCAUUGUAGUCCUGAGAAAAUCAAAAUUGACACCCACCCAAAAUCUUCUAGCAUACUGCCAUCUGCUCAUUAUCAACCAACAGUACACUGCAGCCAGAUUGAAGAUUGGCCACAGUCAGCACUUGGUGUAUCAAACUCUCGGCAUCUAUUGCCUUCUCAGCAGGAAGGAAGGGCAUGCGAACUGUCAAUCAAUAACUCUGCAUCCUCACAGCCAACUAUAUUCGUUUACAUACAGUUACAAUAACCAAUAGCCCUAAUAUGAGAAAUGUUACAUUUACUUACAAUGGUGGAUCCGGUGCAAUAAUAACAGUGACGAUAACCAAUUGCCGUAUGUCAAACGUUGCAUUUAUUUUCAAUACACCUCGUGGAAUAACAACAGCUACACUAACCAACUGCCCUGAUAUGUCAAAUGUAAAAUUUAUUUUCAAUGGUAGCCCUGGUAGAAUAAUAUCUGUUACAUUAACCAAUCGUCCUAAUAUGACAAACGGCACAUAUAUUUACAACUAAAUUUGUCACAAACGUAAAUAUCUUGACACGCAAAAUGCCCUUAGAAUCUAUCGCGACAAUAUGGAGCCCCCAUUGAAAUCACUUUAGCCUUAUGUUAGAGAUUGUGCAAAAAACAUUCGAACGCUUUCUUUUCCGUAAACUCUAUGGGUACUAUACAUUAUCUUUCUCUUAUUCUAGUAAUAGACUAGAUUGAGAUAAUGUAAAAAUAAUUUUCUUGAUAGCAUAGACUUCAUAGUAGGAGAUACGGUAUAAGAAACGUAUACCCUCAUCUGCAGGCGUAAUAACUGUCACUUUUUAACACCGCGGGAUUGAAAGUGACGGUUACUGUUUUAUCACGCUGUCACGUAGACAAGAACGACCAUCAUAUGCGUACUGUUUUUAGUGAUAUUUAUUAGUGAUAAGAAAUAAAAUAGAUAAUAUUCACAUUGACUCAUUGCAAAUAAGUUACCUAGUUUAAUUGCGUACGGGUAGUAUAAAAACAAUAAUUAUGUUUAAUUUUAAUUUUUGUAAUUUAAUCGUAUAUUAUAUCAAAUUAAAGCUUAUUUUAUUCCUACUUUAACUGUAAUAGGUUGCCUUAUUAAAAACAUGGUCCAGUCCAUGGUUGCCUAGAUUGUAAAUGGUAAUAAAUUUAAUAAAUCGGUUAAUCUAGGCAACCAUGGACUAGGCCAACUUUUUAAUAAGGCAACCUAUUACAGUCAGAUUAAGAUUAAAAUAAGCUAUCAUUUGAUAUAAUUUACGAUUACUUAAAUAACAAAAAACAUUUAUAAAUAUUAUCCGUACGCAAUUUAAGUAGGCAUACCUAAUUGCAAUGUGUGAAUGUGAAUAUUAUCUAUCAUCUCCGUCCUUGCAUCGGUUUCCUCAUCACUGAGGGUCGUGGCCACUUCUAUGGAACAGCUUCUCUUUGACAAUUUGCCGCCACCUCUUUCUGUCUGUCGCUGAAUGCAGGGCACCGUGGAGCGUCACAUCAAGGGCUGAGCGAAUUUGGUCUGUCCACCUCAUUGGGAUCCUGCGUCUCGGCUUAUCGCCUUCGAUUUUACCAGUGAUCACCAGCUUUUCCAGGUUAUCACUGUCUUUCCUGGCAAUCUGGCCAAAAUACACAAGCACUUUGCGUAAGCAGAUGGUAGACAGCCUGGUUGUGAUGUUCAGUUCAUCUAGGCUAGAUGGAUUAGUGCGGCGUGCUGUCCAGUCUAUAUCAGCAUCCUCCUCCAACACCACAUCUCAAAGGCAUCAAUUCGGUUACGGUCAGCUUUCCUAAGAGUCCAUGUCCAUGUCUUAUCUAUCAUAAAUAAAUUAAAAGUCAUAUUUAAAGGAAACAAUUACUAAAGCCUCCAGUGGUCAGGGCUGGAAUCGAACCAGCGUCCUCUAUUUACAUGACAGAUGCCUGAACCGCUCGGCCACUUGGGCUCGGUGGAAUUGGUCGCUAUUUCCAACUAGGCUUGUGGCGGCCCCUGGCCAUCCCUAAGGUAGAAAAGUAUAGUUCGACCUCCUAACCGAAUCAACUCAGGUGAUUCUUUGUAUAUGACAUUUAUUUCGUUUAUAGUUUAAAUAGUAAGUAGUAUGCCUAUUUGUAAAAAACACAAAAUAUUUUUAUAGAAAGUAAUUUAAUUUGUUCUUAGAGUACUAUCUCUCAUAUCUUUCUUAUCACUAAUAAAUAACAGAUUAGGGUAUAUAAUUUUAUACAAGUAUAAUUGACUAAGGAAUUCGUCAAAUGUUUAAUAUAUUAUCAUUUCAUAGCUCAUGAAAAUUCUCAGACGUACAAAGUUACACUAUUAAAACAAAUUCAAUAAAGUACGAUAAUAAAAAUAAACUUAAAUAAUUACAAUUAUAAAACGAAUAAUAAAAAUAAUAAUAUAAAAUUAAAUUUAAAAUAAUUAAAAAUACCUUGACGACCAGUUUGGCCUAGUGGGUAGUGACCCUGCCUACGAAGCCGAUGGUCCCGGGUUCAAAUCCUGGUAAGGGCAUUUAUUCGUGUGAUGAGCAUGGAUAUCUGUUCCUGAGUCAUGGGUGUUUUCUAUGUAUUUAAGUAUUUAUAAAUAUUUAUAUAUUAUAUAUAUCGUUGUCUAAGUACCCUCAACACAAGCCUUAUUGAGCUUACUGUGGGACUUAGUCAAUUUGUGUAAUAAUACUAAUAAUGUCCUAUAAUAUUUAUUUAUUAAUACCUAUAUUAAAUAAUAAAUCAACGCAUAUCCCUCUCCCAAUACUGGCAUUCAUCUAGAUGGAAACACCCUCCGGGUCACAGUUGGGCUGCGCCUGGGGGUAUCAAUCUGUGCACCGCAUAAAUGCCAUUGUGGGAGUCACGUGGACGAGCGGGGGCGUCAUGGUCUAUCUUGCCAGCGAAGCGCGGGUCGAUUGUCACGUCACGCCGCGCUCAAUGACAUUAUCCGCAGGUCUCAUGUCACCGUCAACGUGCCUGCGAUACUUGAGCCGGCCGGUAUAGCCCGGGACGAUGGCAAGAGACCUGAUGGUAUGUCACUGAUACCGUGGAGGAUGGGGCGAGUGUUGGUGUGGGACGCGACCUGUUUGAACACACUGGCACCGUCUCACCUUCACGGCACUACAAAGAAAGCGGGUGCGGCUGCCGAGGUCAACAAAAGGCGGAAAUACGGGGGUCUCGACGCCAAUUAUAACUUUGCUCCUUUCGGUGUCGAGACCCUCGGUCGGUGGGGCCCGGGAGCUCAGAGCUUCUUUAAUGAUUUGGCCAAACGGCUGGUUGACAUAACAGGGGACAAAAGAGCUGGCAGCUUGCAUAAGCGUUGCGAUUCAGCGAGGAAAUGCUGCCAGUAUCUUUGGCACUAUGCCCCAGGGGCCCUCUUUAGAUAUAGAUUUUUAGUUUUUAAUUAGUUUGAGUUUUACUCUAAUUAUUUUUAAUUGUUAAUUGUUCGAAAUAAAUAAUAUUUACAAUAAUAAAAAAAAGAAAAAAAAUUAAAUUAAUAAGUAAAAUUAUGAUAAUAAUAAUUAAAUAAGUACUAAUAAAACUACUAUUUCUUACGAAAAUAAAUAUUAAAGCAAUAAUGAAUAAAAAAUGCCUAUAUAAAAUAAAUUAUACACAAACUUUCCAACAAAUUAACAGACAUAAAACAAUAUUAUAUAAAAUAGCUUAAAUUAACAUUCGUAGAACAUAAAACAAAAUACCAUAAUGAAAAUAAAAUUAAGAAAAAAUAAUAAUAAAAAAAAACACAUAAUAUAUAGAAUUAAAUUUAGCAAUUACAAUAACAAUCAACGAGAUAAAACUAAUUUUAAUAAAAUAACAUUGAAUAAAGAACUUAAUACAUAUAAAACUUAAAAUCUAAAUCUAAAAAUAAAUAAAACUAAUCUUAAAAUAAAUAAUUAAAAAUUAUCCCCCUGCGGCAUGGUGCCGUAGAUGCUGGCAGCAUUUCCUCGUUGUAUCGCAUUACUUAUUCUCUGUGCGAGGAAGCUGCCAGCUCUACGAUCACCGGUAGCGUCUUCUAUUUUUUUGGCUAAUUCCUUAAAUAACAAUUAUACAAUAAAAAAUAGUGUAAAUAAAAAAAAUAUAUUAUCUAAGUAAAAUAUUUUUAACAAAAAAAAAGAAAACAAAACUAAAAAUGUAAAAUAAUUUUGUAUAAUAAAUAUAUUCAAAGUUUCUAAAAAUUAAUAAAAGUUAACAAAUAAAAAAACAAUAUCUUAGAAAAGAGCGUAAUUUAAUAUUCGUAGACCAUAAAACAGUGAGAAAAAUAUUCUCGGCACCUUCCUUGUCCGUUUAUUGGAAGGAAACAUACUAAUUUAUUAGAAUAAUGUUUAUUUUAUUUUCUUGUAAUAAAACUGAAAACGGAUUAAUAAAUAAAUAAUAAUAAUAAUAAUGUUUAUUGAGUUUAUAACUUUCUCGGUCGAUCUCAUCCAAAAGAACGUUCUCGAGAACGAGAAUGUUCUCGCCGCCACACCACUAGUUUUGGGUAUUUAAUUUACCCGCCAGCGCCCAUCACAAGCUUUUCAUUCAAAACAUUUCACUCAAAGUGCGCCCUAUCUCCGGCAUAGAACUCCGCCCCCGUCGACAAACACUAUUUGCUGUCACGGCGGCACGAACUCAUGCUCUAUCUCUCUCUCUCGAUUGCACCAUGCCUUAACCAACGUUGGCCGAACGUUAACUGCAAUUGACCAUUACCAAUUGAACCGUAACGGACGGUUACAGUUUACGGUUCAAUUUGUAAUGGUUAAUGGUAAAUUGCACUAACGUUUCGGCCAACACUGGCCUUAAUUCUACUCAAUGAUAUACUGAAUCGCAAUUUCAUUCGAUUAGCAGCCGUUACUUGGAGUCUGUCGCGACUUUAAGUUCAUUAAUUCGUGAUAUUGUGUUACCACUGCUUUAGAUAUAACUAUAGUAGGUACCUUAUGUGUAUAUCCUCCUGAACAAUUACAAUGUUUUUUUUGUUUCUUAACUUCUUUAUUUGAUAUACCUAUAAUAUACAGUAAUAUUAACUUAUAUAGUGUACAUUAUAAAUUAUAAUCCUAGACAGUAAAACCAUGAAAAACAAGAUAGUUUUCUGAGCUACUGCGUUCGCUUUAAAGAAGCCGCCGAACCCUAUACAUUUUUUUUUAUUUUUCGUCACACUUGCUCGAAAAAGAUCUUAUUUCAUGCAGGUGUACUAAAGGACAAAGGCCUAUAUUGUUCCCGCCGCGGGAGUUAUGAAUUGUGAAAAAAGGCGAUAACACCCUAGGGAGUUAUAGCCUUUUAGGGUUUCGUAUCCGUAGUCAACUAUAGUCUUUUUCAAACUUAUAGGGUUGUGACAAUGUAAAUUAGAAACGAUUUUUUACGAUUGUCGAUUAAAUUUGCAAAGGGCCUGAUUAAAUCGAUUCUAUUGGUGAUGAAUUGAUGAUUUUUAAGUAACCAUACCUUCACAAUUGGACGCAACUGAAAGGAUUUGAUACGAGCGGACACGAUUCAGUCAAUAUGUAUAGACAAACUCUAUUGCAAUUGAGUUCCGUUUUACAUAAUGAAACUCAACAAUAUCAAAAUGUAUCUUUUUUUUAUUACUUAGUUAUUGGAGAAUUGUGUCUAUUAUAAUAAGAUAUUCUAAACUACGAAGUUAUGUAUUUUUGUCCUAUUGGGAUUCAAGUUAUUUUUGUUGAAAAAUGAUUGUUCUGAAACGUCAAUGGCAUGGAAUGAAAAAAUCAAAUGUCGCCCUACCCUUCACGUUUGAAAAAGGCCAUUAGGAACCCUUAUAAUUUCGCUAAAUAGAACUAAAUAUUUAUAAGUAUAGGUUCUUGUUUGUGCAUUUCUGUUAUUAAAAAAGGCACGAAUAUCAAAAAAAGCGGCACCUGGGGCCCACUGCUGGGGCACGGGGGUACUGCGAAAACCACAAUUCGCAAAUUGCGGGGAUCUUUCUCUUUUACUCUCACUAAGACGUAAUUAGAGUGACAGAGAAAAAUGCUCGCAAUUAACGAACUUCGAUUUUCGCCGUAAUAGGCAUAGUAAUAAAAUUACUAAGUAACAAAUUAAAAUGAAAUGACAGCAUGGAACUGACAGCCAAUUUAAUAGGCAAAUUUGUUGCCAUAUUAAGAGUUUCUUAAAUAGCUACUGAUUCUGACGGAAAUGGCUUGCCAAGUUACACUUACAAUUUAAUUCGAGUUUAUAAUUAGUAUUAAUAACUACAUUAAUAAAAUAUUACACUUAAUAUGA